GCCGUGCCGUAGCGAGGCGGAAUGGCGGUCUCGAGAGCCCUGCUCUGCCAGUGCCCGUUGCUGCUGCCUCAGAACCGGGAGGGGACGGCCUACGAGGGCUUCGUCACCGCACAGGGUAGAGACUUUCAUAUCAGGAUACUGCUACCUCUGGAUUUUCAGCUGAAAAAUGCAAGGAUAGAGUGUAGCUGGCACCUAAAGAAGAUACUGCAUGGAUAUGGGCAUAUCUUAAAGCAGAGGUUGCACAGCUGUCCAGAUCUUGUCAGUUUUAUGGUGGAGCUGAAAACUGUUUUGGAAAUUGCUCUAAAAAAGACACGAGACACGCAUACACCAUGGCCACCAGAAUACUACUCCUGCCUUGUCAGAGAUAUAGAAAUAUUGGGUUGGAAUAAAGUUACUUAUGUGGAUACUGGUCUUACCACAAUCAAGUUAAAAGCUGAAGACUCUUGUGGUCGACAGCAUCUCAUCACUCUGAAGUUAAAUGCAAAGUAUCCAACAGAACCACCAGUUUGCCUUGUGGACUUGCCUGUUCGCUUCGCCGUCUCUUGGACACCACAGAGCUCCUUACUAGACAUAUAUAACCAGUUCCUGGCAGCAUUAGAAAUGCUGAAAGAAUUCUGGGAUACCAUGGAUGAGAUUGAUGGAAAGACCUGGGUGCUUGAGCCUGAGAACCCCACACGGAGUGCCACAACAAGGAGAAUUGCAAUAGGGAACAACGUCUUGGUGAAUAUAGAGGUAGAUCCUCAGCAUCCAAGCAUGCUCCCCGAGUGUUAUUUUCUUGGAGCAGAUCAUGUAGUUAACCCCUUGAGAACUAAGCUGAACAACAACAUGCACUUAUGGGAUCCAGAAAUCAGUUUGUUACAAAACUUGAAAGACCUCUUAGACAUUGAUUUUCCGUCACGUGCUGUGUUAGAAAAAAGUGAUUUCGCUAAGGACUGUGGAAUCUGCUAUGCCUAUCGACUCAAUGGUGCUACUCCAGAUCAAGUGUGUGAUGAGCCCCGAUGCGGACAACCUUUUCACCAAGCUUGCCUGUAUGAGUGGCUGCAAGGUCUUCCUUCUAGCAGACAGAGUUUUAAUGUCAUCUUCGGUGAAUGUCCCUAUUGUAACAAGCCCCUAACACUGAAAUCUUCAGUGAAGAAACUCUGA